AUGGUGAGCAACGCCACGAAGCCGCUCUGCCCCCUCCUGGAGCAGAUGAGCCAGCUCCAAAGCCACAGCAAUACGAGCAUCCGCUACAUCGACCACGCGUCGGUGGUGCUGCACGGCCUGGCCAGCCUGCUGGGCCUGGUGGAGAACGGACUCAUCCUCUUCGUGGUGGGCUGUCGCAUGCGCCAGACGGUGGUCACCACGUGGGUGCUGCACCUGGCACUGUCCGACUUGCUGGCCACCAGCUCCCUGCCCUUCUUCACCUACUUCCUGGCUGUGGGCCACUCGUGGGAGCUUGGCACCACCUUCUGCAAGCUGCAUUCCUCCAUCUUCUUCCUCAACAUGUUCGCCAGCGGCUUCCUGCUCAGCGCCAUCAGCCUGGACCGCUGCCUGCAGGUGGUCCGGCCCGUGUGGGCGCAGAACCACCGUACGGUGUCUGCGGCCCAGAAGGUCUGCCUGGGGCUCUGGGUCCUGGCCGUGAUCAACACCGUGCCUUACUUUGUGUUCCGGGACACCAUCCCGCGGCGGGACGGGCGGAUCAUGUGCUACUACAAUAUGCUGCUCCUGAGCCCGGGGCCUGACCGCGACGCCACGUGCAACUCGCGCCAGACGGCCCUGGCCGUCAGCAAGUUCCUCCUGGCCUUCCUGCUGCCUCUGCUCAUCAUUGCCUCGAGCCACGCGGCCGUGAGCGCACAGCUGCACCACCGCGGCCGCCGGCGGCCCAGCCGCUUCGUUCGCCUGGUGGCCGCCGUGGUGGCGGCCUUCGCGCUCUGCUGGGGGCCCUACCACAUCUUCAGCCUGCUGGAGGCGCGCUCGCACUCCCACGCGGCGCUGCGGCCGCUCGCGUGGCGAGGGCUGCCCUUCGUCACCAGCCUGGCCUUCAUCAACAGCGUCAUCAACCCGCUGCUCUACGUGCUCACCUGCCCCGACGUGCUGCGUAAGCUGCGGCGCUCGCUGCGCAGCGUGCUCGAGAGCGUGCUGGUGGACGACAGCGAGCUGGGCGGCUUGGGCAGCAGCCGGCGCCGCCGCGGCUCCUCGGUGGCCCACACGCCCGGGGCCGGGCGCCUUUCCCCGGCAGGUUCCACGCGCCUCCUCGGCUGCCUAUGGGGCGAACAAGGCGCGGCCCCGCCCCGGGCUCGCUCUCAGGACGAGAGGGGCCCGCUGAACCGGGCGCCCAGCAUCGCUUCCGGCUAG